AUGCCUGGUUGUUGUCCCUGGAAUUGUUUCAGUCUCUGCCGUCGCCGCCCCAGAUCCCCCGGUUUUGGCCCUGACGGCAAUGAUCAUAUCGAACUACAAUUCAUAGCCCCCCUCCCCCUGCACCAGACGUACCCGUCCCCCCAGCCUGGCUCCGACCCAUCCGUUAACCCAAACGAUUAUCAGUACGGUAAGCGCGAGAUGUGGGGACACUUGCGACAGAGAUGGAUUGACAAUGAAAACGAGCCCAACUGCACAGUACAGCUACCAGAAUUUGAAUUUAAAGACUUGACCCAUGCUAAACACCGAUCUCAAAGAUGGAAAACAAAUUUCAACCGCUGGAUUGAAAGACCCCACGUUAUCGAAGAGGACCUCGCGGAUCGUGGGCUCCCUGUAGGUGAAGAAAAUUACCACGAUGUCAAGAUCUCAAAGGACAGUGUCGUUGCACACCUUAAAAGAGGAAUGGGAACUAACUUUUAUCAUAUCACGACUGCAAUUGGAGUUAUUGUACUGAGAAAUGCUUACAGACACGAUGGACCUUGGUGGAGUCAAAUCGCCCUUGCACAGUACGAUAUUCACUUCGCCGGGAAUGCCUUGAGACAUAUCUACCUUGAAAAUGUUGUCAACGACGAUACUACCGACUGUGUGCGAACAAUAUGGGCCGACACCCAACCCCCUAACUCCCAGAUAUUUGACAUAGCUCCAGCAGCAGUAAAUCAGAUGUCCUGGGAUUUCGAUACUCCCGGAUAUAAGGCCAUUCUGGGUACAGAGCUUGGGAAAGGAGCAGCUGCUAUUGUUUUGUCGGCAUACCCCAGAGGUACACAUCGUGUCACCAGAAUCGUGGUCUGGAGGCUUGGUGUCUUGCAGAUACGACUUGAUAUUGAAAACAAAUCUUACAUCAAUGUAGGCAGUGGAGGCUUAUAG